AUGGCAGGUGAAGGAGCUGUGGCAAAUCUCCAGAUAGAAAUCAACUGUCCCAUCUGCCUGGAUAACCUGAGAGACCCUGUCGCCAUCGAAUGUGGGCACAACUUCUGUCGUUCCUGCAUGGAGCAGUCCUGGGCUGAUGUGCAGGACAGGUUCCCUUGCCCUGUGUGCCAUCACCCAUGCAAAGAGAGGCACCUGUGGAGCAACACCCAGCUGGGAAGGGUGGUUGACAUGGCCAAGCUCCUCCAGAUCACAGGGGCCAAGAUGAAGCAGCAGGAAGAGAGGCGCUUGUGUGAGAAGCACAACCAGGCCCUGACCUUCUUCUGUGAGGAGGACCUAAAGUUGUUGUGUCCCCUGUGCACUCAGCCCCCUGACCACCAGGGUGACCACGUGAGGCCCAUGGAGGAGGCUGCCUCUCAUCACAGGCAAAAGCUCAGAAGUUACAUUGAGCCCCUGAGGAAGCAGCUGGCAGACCUUCAGAAACUAUUAGCCACUCAAGACAGGCAACGAUCAGAACUGAGAGAAAAGGUGGAAAAGCGGAGAGCGAAGUUAGCCUCUGAAUAUGAGAGUGUGAUAGCAUCCAUAGAGAUUGAGCAAGCGGCAGUUCACUCAAGGCUAGCUGCACAAGAGAAGCACGUUCUAUGGAAUCUCACUGCAAACAAAGCUGCAUUUUCAGACCACAUUUCCAAACUUAGAGAAAUGCCCAGAGGGAUUGGCAUCUACCUGGACUAUGAGAUGGGUCACGUUUCCUUUUACAGUUUGAAUGACAUGUCUCACAUCCAUUCCUUCAGGGAUACAUUUUCUGAGGUGCUAAAGCCUUACUUCUAUGUCGGAUGUGAUCCCAAACCUCUUACCAUCCUUGAUUUAAGAGAUUAG